CAGGCCCCACAAUGCACUGCGAGGCGCGUCACUCGGAGCGGUGGGUCUCAGCUCGACAGUUGCUGAUGGGGAGAGGAAACAAUAGCCACUAUUCAGAUUUCCUGUCUUCUCUGUUGUUUGAAAUGUCUAUGAUUUUGUCUGCCUCAGUCAUUCGUGUCAGAGAUGGACUGCCACUUUCUGCUUCAACUGAUUAUGAACAAAGCACAGGAAUGCAGGAGUGCAGAAAGUAUUUUAAAAUGCUCUCGAGGAAACUUGCUCAACUUCCUGAUAGAUGUACACUGAAAACUGGACAUUAUAACAUUAAUUUUAUUAGCUCUCUUGGAGUGAGCUACAUGAUGUUGUGCACUGAAAAUUACCCAAAUGUUCUCGCCUUCUCUUUCCUGGAUGAGCUUCAGAAGGAGUUCAUUACUACUUAUAACAUGAUGAAGACAAAUACUGCUGUCAGACCAUACUGUUUCAUUGAAUUUGAUAACUUCAUUCAGAGGACCAAGCAGCGAUAUAAUAAUCCCAGGUCUCUUUCAACAAAGAUAAAUCUUUCUGAUAUGCAGAUGGAAAUCAAGCUGAGGCCCCCUUAUCAAAUUUCCAUGUACGAACUGGGGUCAGCCAAUGGAGUCACAUCAGCAUUUUCUGUUGACUGUAAAGGUGCUGGUAAGAUUUCUUCUGCUCACCAGCGACUGGAACCAGCAACUCUGUCAGGGAUUGUGGGAUUUAUCCUUAGUCUUUUAUGUGGAGCUCUGAAUUUAAUUCGAGGUUUUCAUGCUAUAGAAAGUCUCCUGCAGAGUGAUGGUGAUGAUUUUAAUUACAUCAUUGCAUUUUUCCUUGGAACAGCAGCCUGCCUUUACCAGACAGGGAUGAAAAACCACCAAGAGGGCUUUUGUGAAAAUCUGGAAAGAUGAGAAAAGCCCACUUUAGUCAUUGGAUCUCAUUUCAUCUAUUGUUAACCUGGAGGAGUGGUGAGCCCACUGUUCCUGCCAAGCUCUUUCAGUAGCCAGCCAGAUGAGGACCCUUAACAGAAGUGCUUCUGGGCAAGUGCCACAGGGACUGCUCUGAUACCAGGAUGACCUCAGGCGAGGCUCCAGUCCUUUCUCGAAUGGCCUCUCAGGGCUGAGGAGGCGCAGGUGAGAAAAUGUGCAUGAGCUCUCUAUACACAGUGAAGUUCAUCCAAAUGGAGCGGGAUGGCUUGUCUGGUCUGCUGCACCUCCCUUCCCCACCCCCAUAAAUAACAGCAGCCCUUCCAGCUCUCCUUUUGAUACUGUGCUCAGUGAUGGGGGCCUUGCAGUGGGCAGCCAGAGCCAGCAUAGCCAAGCUUUGUUGGUUCCCUUCCCUCUGAAGGUGAACGGGACAGCAUUUGUUCUCUUUGGUGUGUUGCUUUUAGACAAAUUCAAAAGCUGCUGAGUUUUAGAGCGUGUUUGUCACUGCCAUCGUAGUUCUCUUGUUCAGGCAGCAGUGAGAAUCUGCUCAGCACUCGUGAGCACUGAAUGCUGAACUGCCUGAGAAGGCUUUCCUGCCCUGCAGUGACACGGGCUCAGCACCUUCUUCAGGCUCCAGGAAGCUCGUACUCAUGGCCAUUGCAGCACUAUGGAAAACCCGCAGCUCCUACCAUCAUUUGACUACAUGCCACUCAGGUAAUUUUGCUUUUGGAAAAGUUCUGUGAAUGUGUUUGUAACUUUGAAUGUCUUAGUCUCUCCGAUACACCAGGAUUCACUGUGUCUUCCCACUGAUUAGCUGCUGACAUCACACUACAGUCAAAUAAUCAUCAUGUUGGCUGCAGUCUGGUGUUGGUUUUGGUGAUGUUUGCUGUCCGUGAGCAUUAACGUGGUGUUCAAAGCUCACCCAUCUAUCAAAAGCAUCUUUUCAAAUACAUUUUGUUAGUGUUCUAGAUAUGAAUAUGCUUUUGGAAAAAAGUAGGUCCUCAUAAGGGAGAAACGAAUAGGUUCUCUGGGAUUAGCCAGUGGGAAUGGGGUUGGAAAGGGCUUUUGAAGGUUUUAAGUUGCAUUUCUUUGGUGUCCACAUGUGGUUUCAUGGACCUGGUCUUUUCUGGUCUAAUCCUGGAUUUCAUAUCCCCUUCACUGCUGGUCCCUACUCCUCAGCCCUUGUUCCUCAGCCUCCUGCACUGGGUGUGCCAGCUCCCCAGCCCCGUGCACUGAUGCUUGCUGUGGUCACCAGUGUUCUCCCAAAUGGCUGCCACAAGGACCACAGUCUUCAGCCAGCAUCAUCUCUGUAGCAAGGCGCUGUUCCCUACUCAGGGGAGUUCGCUGCCCUCUGCGGCUCCCCUCCCCAGUACCCCAAAGGCUGGGUGUACCAAGCUGCAAAUCAGACCAGGACACGUUACCAGUGAAAGUGUUUAAUAGUUAAAUUAUUUAAAUAGACUUUUCAAUUUCCAUGGGAAAUCAUAAUCGUAUCCGUUUUUGCAAGAGUAGGAAUAAAAAGAGUGCACACCCCUUAGAGGGAACGAAGAGUUAGCACUGCACCUGCACGCGGUCACCAGUCACUGCUAGGAUGGGAGAGGGGCCUCCAUGGGGCCAGGAGGCUGUGACCAUGGGGGAACAUGGGAUGAACUCAGCACACACACUUUACUCAGGUUGGAAGCAGAACGAAAACCCACCACCACUGGCAGGCGCUGUGGAGGGGCAGGGAACUUGAGAACAACAGCUGGGAGAAGGCGGGCCUCCUGCGGCCCACGGCAGGAUGGCAAUGUAGAAGCACGGGACAGACUCAGGCUUGGCAGUUUUGGGUCCACACACUUUGCUUCUCAGAGCUGUGUUUGAAUUGUGGUGGGAUUGGUGUGCAGGGAAGGGAGGGUGUUGAUCCGAGCCCAGUGAGAGGUGGUGCAGGUGGACAUCAAAGUAACAUUUUGGCAGCUGGCACAGCCGCUGCCUUACUGCCUUCAAGCUCAUGUUGGAGGGAGGAUAAUUCUAACCUGAGAAGCAAUGGAGAGAUUUGGGCAUGGGCCCUAAGGAUUCUGUUUGAAUUCUGUGAUACAGUAUCAUUUUCCAUAUGCUUUCCUCAUAGCUUAUAAAAAUAGUAUUUUUUUCUUGGUAUGUUUAACUGCCCCAUCCCGAUAAAAGAAAAUUUCUGCUAGCUUUCCCUGUGGACUCUGAAGCUGGGCUCUACCCAUUCCUCUGCCUGGUUUGCCGGUGGAGGUCAAGGCUACUCCCUUUCCCCAAACCUGAGGGCUCGCUGCACAUUGCAUCCCUGGACUGAGUGAUCAUCUCCAGGAAGAGCCACCUGUACCUUGGCCAACUGAGCAGGCCAGGCAGGCUUGGUUUCCUUGCCCCAGCCUGCAGAGCACCCGGGAGUUUGCAGGACCUGCCUCUGCAGGCAACAAAUGUCUGAAAUCUCAGGGUGUGGAGGGUGCCAUGCUACCUGCUGCAGAAUGAGGUUGCUUCCCUUGGUUCCAGCUUGGCCUGGGAUGGGAAAACAGCUUUUUUCUUAUUUCAUCUGCAUUUUGCGUAGGGGAAGCAGGGUGUCUGCAUGUGUGUACACACGUGUGUCAGAGAAAGAUGGGUCAAUGUGUCCGUGCAUCCUCAAUCUGAGCAUAUGGCACCCCGAAAGCACACACCCACUGCCCCGGUGGUACCUGGGAAAACCAAAACUGCCAAAUCUGAAAUAAGGGAAACGCAUCCUGCGUAAGACCAGUUCCACAGCAUGAACAUACACACAUAUACACUAGUACAUACAGCAACAUACACACAGUACAAAUGAGCACACACGCCCUGCUGUGCACAGCUGUUUUCUAAUUUACAAAAUAUAGAAUUUGGCAUAUCUGUGAGAUCUCCAAGGCUUUCAAUAAUACAAAAUAAAAAAUACAAAAAAGACAAGUGGGGAUCCCUGCCCUCCCCCCGAGUGGCGUCCUCAUUUGCUUGUGUGUCUUACACGCAUACAACUAGCAUAGUCUAAAGAAGGGUACGGAGAACUAGUUUUGUUUUGUUUAAUAAAUAUUUUUUUCUCAGAAUCACCA